AUGGCCAAACUACUCAUAACCUACCGCGGAACCACACGCGAGCUCGAAGUCGAGGAGUCGACCACAUUCUCCGACCUGCGCUCUCAGCUUGAGGAACGCUUCGGCGUCUCGCAAGCGAACCAGAAGUUGCUGUACAAGGGCAAGAAGGCCUCUCAUGACGGCGAUGUGGCGUUGCGCGACGCUGGGAUAGUUGAGGGGACGAAGAUCACGCUGUUAGGGCCUACGAAUGAGGAGCUUGGAGGGAUGCAGAAGGCCGAGGACGAGAAGGCUAGGAGGGACAGGAUCAUGCAGAAGCGCGCGGCGCAGGGGACACCAAUGGUUCGCUCGUCGGGCCCUUCCGCAUCCAGUCAAUACGUCUUCCAUCGGCUGGAGCCACUCAAGCAUCUGCCCGAACCCGACACUGCGUUGUCGCUUUUACGCCGGCUAUCGACCGAUCCGGCUAUUCAGCAUAUCAUGCAGACACAUAAAUUCGCCGUCGGACUGUUAACGGAGCUCGCGCCACACGAGCAACCGCAUCUAUUGGGUCUGAAUGUCAAUGCCGGACAAGCUAUAAAGCUGCGUCUGCGUACGGAUCGGUACGAUGGUUUCCGAAGUUAUAAGGAGGUUCGACGCGUUCUGUGCCACGAGCUCACGCACAACGUAUGGGGCGAUCAUGAUGACAAUUUCAAAGAGCUCAACUCGCGCCUAAAUCGCGAAGUCGCCGAGUACGAGCAGCAUUCACACACCCUCGACACCGAUCGGCACUACUCCGGCGCGCAAUCAGAGCUCGAGGCCGAGGCGCGAGCGUAUGUGCUUGGCGGAUCUGGUGCUGCGCCGGCGGCGAAUGAGUCGGUCGAGGAGAGGAGGAGAAGGGUGCUGGAGGCUACUAUGAGCAGAUUGAGGAAGGAGGAGGAAGAGCUGGAGGCUAGUUGUGGGACGACGGGCGCUCAAGCGACCGGAUCGUGA